UGCGGAGCCACGGAUUUAAAAAGAAGGAGAAAAGGAAGAGACCCCUUAUUUGUUUACCGGGUCUUUUGCUCUUCCUUCUUCAAAUCUCCCCACAAAUUAAAUGGCAAUAAAUAAGGUCUUUUCCAUCUCUCUUCCUCCAUACCACACCUCUCGAUCUGAGAGACCAAAGUGUAGAAAAUCUCCGCGAUGUUGGAGAAUCCAAGGUUCAACGCUUCAAAAUAUUCUCAGAUCUAAACCAGAAGAAAUUAUGGCAUAUGCUAAUUUUCAACCUCGAAGAGUUCAUCGCUCUAGCUAUUUUACAGAGAACAUAGCUUUUUGAAUAUGCAAAGUUUCUUGGGAACUCUCAGUUUUCUCUGCUUCAACUCCAGUCAUACAAACUUGUAUAUGCGCACAUGUUGGCCGAGGUUGGAAGGAUUUCGGAUUCAUUGAAAUACUGUCAAGCUGUUUACAAAUCUCUCAAAAUUGGACGAUCACCGGAAGAAGAUACAUUGAAACAGUUAUUAUCAUCUCUCGAAGAGAGGAUUAGGACACACCAACAGAGUGGAUAUGCAGCUAACUUGGCUCCAGGAAAGAUAGUGGUUAAAUUGCUCAACUUUUUUGAUAGUACAGUUCAUCGCAUUGCUCAACUUUUUUGAUAGUACAGUUCAUCGCAUUGUUGAUAGUACUGGUUAAAUGUGUUUCCCAAGACUGUUGUGACUCACGAAUAAUCUGCCGUAGGUGAUUUUGAUCUACUUACCUCUUGAUUUGUUUGAGUUUUCAAUUAAAUAGCUAUCUCGACCUCUAUUUUGGUGUUUUAGUUCCAAAACUCUUUCAGAAUAGGCAUUUGUUUUUAUUUUGGCUCCUCCAAGUCUUAUUUUGUGUUUCCUCGUUUCAUGAACAAGUGAUCGGGCUGCUGAUGAGUCUCAGAGCAAUCAAGUGAAAAGAAAGAAGAUGCUGACCAAAUAAGUAAUGGUAUUGGGAGCGCUGCGGUGCAAG